AUGGCCUCUCUACUCACUACAAUCGGCCUCCGUGCCGCCGACACACCAGUCCCCAACCACGCCGCCGCCUUUCUGAUCGCCAACUGGUUCUUCGCAUACGGCGUGCUGAGUACCCGCCCGGCCAAACGCUGGUAUCGCCUCGACCACAACGUCGCUCCUCGGGAGGAUCUCACCAAAUAUGGUGAGGCAGCCGUCCAGGCAGGAAAAUUGAGCCGGAAGACGUUGAACCGACUCAAGCGACAAGAAGCGGCAAGCGCGAAUGCCACCGAAGGAUACACCUUGUUUGUUGCAGCGAUCUUACUGGCUCUCCACACCAAACUCCCAAACGAAACUAUUAACGGUAUCGGGACAUGGUAUUCCCUCUCCCGACUGGUUUUUGCAGGGGUGUAUCUCUGGGUCGAAUCCGAGGGAUUGAGCUUCAUCCGAUCUAUUGCAUGGUGGUCGGGAAAUAUCAGCUGUAUAACGGCGAUUGUGUUGGCAGGAAAGAGCCUGUAG